AUGCUCCUGGCGAUCGGAUUCUGUUGCACGACUUACAUGAGAAUACACUUGGCUAUCACUAUGACAUGCAUGGUCAAUUCGACUGCUAUAGCUAUUAUGGAUGAUGAAGCCUACCAUGCAGAACACUCGCUUUUCACUACGAACACUACGGUGGACUAUGAAGAGGAAAAUUCAACUGUGCGGGAUUCUCAAUGCGAAAGACGAGCGAUGACGGACAUCCCAAUUGUUGUCGAUUAUGGAGGCACGUUGAUAUGGUCACAUCGAACACAGAACCUUAUAUUCUCGGGUACUUUCUGGGGUGCCCUUUUGGUGAUUGGUCCAUCGAUGCUAAUCUGGCACCGCUGCUCACCUCGUGUGGUGCUCAUGACCGCGAUGAUUUCAUACGUCGUGGUAACUUUUGCCACGCCCUUUCUAGCCAUCUAUGUCGGUCCCAUAGCCGUGUUUUCCGGACGAGUACUCAUGGGAUUCGGAGAGGGCUUCGUGAUACCGUCUUUCAACGCCUUGAUCUCCAAUUGGUUCCCAGUCGAAGAACGCAGUACAGCUCUAGCAGUCUACACGACUGGCAAUCAAAUAGCCGGAGCUGUUGGCAAUCCACUCUCAGCUGCAUUAUGUGCGUCCUCGUUUGGAUGGCCAAGUGUUUUCUAUUCCAUUGCUACUUUCGGUAGUUUGUGGUGUGUUCUGUGGAUAUUCACUUCAACAAAUCAUCCAAAAAACUGCAAGCGGAUGUCACGGGAAGAGCAGCUGUAUCUCAAUAAGAAUAUUGUACACAGUAACAAUCGGAAAUCUGUAAGUACAUUGAUAUAG